AUUGAAAGAGGCCGGUUGGACAAAUCGGAGAACCGCUCGUCAUUUGAGUCGAAGUGAUGCGGCGAUUCAAAGGUGCUGGCAAGGAUGGCUGGAAAAUUGCAGAGUUCAGCGUCAGGAUGGUAGCGGUCGACCUAGGGCGACAACAGAGCGUAAGGCCAGGGUGAUUGUCCGAGCAGCUGUCACAGCACCUUCUUCAUCUCUAUCAACCAUCAGACGUUCAACCCAAACAUUAGUGUCCACCAUGACCAUUCACAGACGGUUGAGAGAGCGAAAUCUACACUCGCGGCGACCGUCACUCAUGCCUGCACACUGCCGAGCCAGAUUACAGUGGUGCAUGACUCGAUCAGGCUGGAAUGAUGCCGACUAAACUUAUCCCAACAUAGAAUCGAGCUAGCGUUUCGUAUAUGUUAUUGAAUUGGAAUUGAAUAAUUGUAGUGGUAAAUCAGGGUGGCCACCCACCUGGAAAACCUGGAAUUAUCAGGG